AUGUCUUCUUCAUGCAUGGUCGAGAUUUUUUUAGUGUGUGGGAAGUGGGAAUUCGCAAAAACUCGAUAUUUGUUCUUGGUUGAUAAGAGUAAAGGAUGUCGAGUUGUAGCUGUUGAUCGGGAAAUCGAGUAUGGAGAUUUUCGACAAGUCGUCUACGAAGAUCUGGGUUUAGAUCAGCGUCGUUAUGAUAUUCAAUUCAGCUAUAUGCUCUCGAAGAGAUCGAAUGACAAGCUACCGAAAGAUACACCACCGGUGUUUGUAGGUAAUCCUCGACAAUUUGCCGUGUUUUUGCGUCACUUUGAAAACGAGACGAUCCGUCUAUGCGCCGAGAUUACUUCGAAGGCGUCAAGAGAAUAUAAGGAGAAAGAAGAUGCUGAUGAGCUAAAUGAAAAUAGAUCUAACGAGUUCACCGAAGAAGACAACGAAGACGAUCAAGUUGACAAAGAUGAUGAAGAUGAUCAAGAAGAAAGGUUCGACAAUUGCGAUGAUCCGGAUGGUGCAAGCUCUAGUGACGAAGAUUAUGGUUUGUGUGGGAAGUAUUCUGAAGAUGAAGAAGACAUGCAAAAUCUGCCACCAAAGAAAUGCGGUUCAGCAAGAAUGGAUGAUUUUGUGGAGAUGGAGAUGAAGUCUAUGGAAUUAGCUGUUGGGCAAUGUUACGAGACCAAAGAGGAGUUCGAAACGAGAUUGAAGAUUUAUGCAGUUGCAAACAAAAUGGACUACGACGUCGGAUACUCAACACCGACGUUAUUGACGGUUAAGUGUUGGGUGGGAGGAUGUAAAUGGAGGGUUCGAGCUUCCUCGGUUGGAGAUAAGCCAGAGUUCUAUGUGAAAACUUACUAUGGUGUUCACACAUGUUCGAUCACAAUGCGGUCUUCACGUGCCCGACAAGCAACACCGGAGAUAUUAGCACGUCUUUACAAGGAUUUCGUAGGGGGUGUAGGGAACACCAUAACCCCAAAUCACGUAUCUGAUGCUCUAACCAAACGUUAUGGAAUCAAGGUCGAAUAUUGGAAAGCUUAUCGUGUAUUGAAGUAUGCACGAGAACUAGUGACUGGGAUUUCAGAUGACAGUUACGAGGAGCUUCCUUCGUACUUAUACAUGAUAAGACGAGCUAAUCCUGGAACAUUAAUAAAGCUUGAUGUCGAUAUGGAAGACAAGUUCAAGUUUAUGUUCAUUGCCUUUGGUGCGAGCAUUCAAGGUUUUCCAUUUAUGCGGAAAGUAGUUGUGGUUGAUGGAACUUUCUUAACGGGUAAAUCUAAAGGAACACUGCUCAUUGCCACAACUCAAGAUGGAAAUUUCAAUAUUUUCCCAAUCGCUUUCGCUAUCGUGGAUACGGAGAAUGAUGAGUCGUGGGAGUGGUUAUUCACACAGCUACAUCGAGUUAUACCUGAUGAUGAAGGACUUGCCAUGAUAUCAGAUAGACAUAGAUCUAUUAGGAAUGCUAUAAAAAAGGUUUAUCCACUUUCUGCUCGAGGUGGGGAAGCUUUCCGACUUGUGAAGAAAGCAGCAAGCACAUAUAAGCUUUCAGAUUUCAAUGUCUUCAUGGCACAGAUUCAGCAGUGUAACCGAGGAUCGUAUAACUACUUACAAAAAGCAGAUGUCUGCAUGUGGAGCCGUGUUCAUUUUCCGGGGCAGAGGUACAACUUUACCACUAGCAACAUAGCAGAGUCUUUAAAUAAGGUCCUAUCCAAGGUUAGAAGUUACCCAAUUGUGACACUAUUGGAGGAGAUAAGAUCGCUUUUGACGAGGUGGUUUGCCAAAAGGCGCCGAGCUGCAAAUGAUAUGGAGACCGAGCUUACUACUGGUGUUGAGAAAUUGCUACGGGAAAGAGUUGAAGGAGCAAAGCAACUAGCCGUGCAAGACAUAGACGACCAUCUUACACAGGUUACCAGUGGAGCAUCCUUACAUGUUGUCAAUUUGGGAAGAAGAUCAUGUACUUGCCGGCGGUUUGACAUCGAUAAGAUACCGUGUGUCCAUGCCGUUGCAACAGCUGAGGCUAGAAAAAUAUCCCGUAUCAGUCUAGCUCAUCCAUACUACCGUACGUCAUACCUUCGGUCUGCAUAUGCGGGAACUGUAAUGCCACGAGAUAUUGCUUUACCUGUACCCGAUGAAGUGGCUAGCAAAGUAUGUAAGCCUCCGUUUGUUCGUAAACCACCAGGUAGGCCGAAAAAGUCACGAAUGAAAAGUGCCUUAGAAAUAGCAAUGCAGAAGAAACGUCCAAGGAAGGAGCACAAGUGUUCCAAAUGUGGGCAAGGCGGCCAUAAUCGUGCGACAUGCCCGUCAUGA